CUUCGCUGACAGAUGCAAAAAGUUAGGUUAGAAUUAGUUUAAGUUCAUGUAUUUUAAAAUUUAUUUUAUUUUGGUAAAAACAUGGAAAGCAACAAUUGUAGUUAUUUAAACAGUGAACGUCUCGAAAUUUUAGAUAAGGAAGACAAUAAGCAUGUUGACAUUGCUGUAAACAUUACCAAAGAUAUUGCAGAGAAAAAAAUAUCAAUAUUAGACGUAGUUGAGAAGCUGGGAUAUUUAUUAGUUAACGCAUCGUUUACCAAGCGAGAAAUCGGGGUAUUGAUAUUAUCAGAAACAGUUCAAAAGAUCGAUUCUAAAGCAUUAAACCCUGAACAGCUUUCUUUUUUAUGUUCAUACUUUUCAGAGAAGUUAAAGGAUCAUCACCAAGUAGCUACAUCAGCUUUAAAAGGUGUUUAUGCAUUAAUUAACAUUCAGCAUAUUCCAAAUGAAUCUGUAGUACACCUUCUAACAACUCUCUUUAAUCAUAUUACUUGUCAACAACAGCAACAGCCAGACAGAUACCUUAUUUAUGAAAUAUAUGAAACUGUUUUGAAUAAACACAUUAAUGUGGUUGAAAGUAUGGGAAUUGACUUUGUUUACGGUGUAAUAUCGUCUAUAGAUGGAGAAAGAGAUCCAAAGAAUCUUAUUUACUUAUUUAAAUGGCUGCAAGUGUUUUUAAAAAAAGUAAAACUUGCUCAUCUUAGUGAGGAAAUGUUUGACGUGCUGGCUUGUUAUUUUCCAGUUGAUUUUAAAGCACCGCCUAGUGACAAAAAUAAAAUUACAAGGGAAGACUUGGCUGAAAGUCUAGCAAAAUGUCUCACUGCUAUACCUGAAUUUGGUACACUUGCUAUUCCUUUAGCUUUAGAAAAGCUGGAUUCAGCUUUAAAGAUUGCCAAAAACGAUUCUUUAAAUUUACUAGUAGAUGGUUGUAAGAAUUUUGAUGCAGAAACUUACUCAAAUUUUUCUUUAGAAAUCUAUAAUCAACUACAAAAAGAUAUUUUUAGUACACCUGAUGAAGAGAUAAGACAAAAAUAUCUCGCUUGUGUAAAAGAGGUUGUCAGAAAGUUAGGCACUCAAUCAGAUCAGAACAAAUUUAAUAUAACUCUAUCCGAUAUAACUUUAUCAUUGAAACAAAACUUAUUGCCUGAUUCAAAAAUGUUUGUUCAAACUUCCCAAAUUUUACUUUCUGUGGCUCAGGCUAACAAAACUUCAGCUAUUUAUGUUGCUAAAAUAGUAUGUGGCUUUUUGGGAACUUCAUACCAAAUUACAGCAAAUUCAUCUCAAAAAAUUCAACAACUUAGAGUUUAUAUAGAUUUUCUUAAAACAGCUGUUCAAAACAAUCAGGAUUUUGAUUUAAACAGCAUUGAGGAAAUUUCUAAUGCACCAGCUUUGUUUUUACAAGCUAUACUUCAAGAUGAUGCUAAUCUUGUUGUUGAAGGUUUCAAAGGAUUUAUACAAACAGCCAAGUUUUUAAAUGACAGUGUUAGAAACGUUUUGUUUGAAAAUUUAAAGAAAUUGAUUGUUCUAAACCAUAGUGAACCAUUAAAAAGUGUUAUUAAUGAAUGUUUAGCGAAAAUGGCUGAGAAUUUUCAUAAGGAAGUUGAAAAUAAAAUAUUAUAUAAUGAAAUAAUAGAAGAUGUAGUUAAAGUUGACAGUUAUAUAGGAAGUUUAUGUUGUUUGGUGAAAGUUCCAUAUUUUGAAAACUAUGUUAUUGAUACUGUAAUUAGAUAUUCUGUACAAAACUUGGACUGUAGCAAAGUUGUUUUGAGGCAUUUAUCAUUUUAUUUGGGCCAAAAUUCCAGAUUUAUAGGGCUUUUAUUAGGGAAAAAGUUCAUAUCAAAUUUAACAGAAUUUUUACAAAAUAUACCUGCUUCUGAUAGUAUAGAUACAGAAUAUUUACUGAAUAUAAGAAAUGUUUUGGUUGAAUUAUUAAAAAAACAGGAUGCCUCUGUACAAAAAGACAUUUAUGUUCAUGAAGUUAAGAAGAAUUAUCAAAAUCAAAUCACUUUGUUAACAGUACUCAGUGGAUUGAUUACUCCUUUCAAAAAGUCACUUUUUGAUGAUUUUAGUAAAACUGAUUUUUUAUUAAAUUGUUGUUUAAACAGUUUUGAUUAUUUUGUGCAAGACACUGCAACAGAAACAUUAGCGAAUAUUUUAAAUAAAAUUACUGAAGAACAUUUUCUACAAAAUGAACUACAAAAAAUUGAACAAAUCUGUGAGGGUUGUGAGGAGAUAAAUAAAAAAGUUAAGCUUACUUCUUGGGUAGUUAAAGGUUUGGUAACAAGAAACCAUCAAACAGCUUGGACAUGGACUGAUAAAUUAAUAAAUUUAUUAAAUCAAAACGCAAAUACCGCCAUCGGUUUUAGAAUAGUAAUGGACGAAGUUCAUAGCAGUUUAACUCGAGAAAAUAAUUGUAAUAUUAUGCCACUGUAUAAACAGAAAUUUUACAUAUACGUAACCAACAAGAUUUGUACAAUAAACGGACACGAUCAAGCCUCAUAUUACAAUACUAUAGGAUAUUUAAUUGAACAUGCACCCAGGCAGGCUGUUAUAGGACAAUUUAAAAAAGUUUUAAAAUUGACGUUUCUCUGUCUAGAAAAUAGUAGGGAUCCCGAAGUUUUGGAAAUAUUAAUUUUAAGGAUAACCGAUUUUGUAGUUAGUAAGGAGACAGUUAUUGAGGAUAAUUUGGAAGAUAUUUUGCUUAGGUUGCUUAAUUUGACUACUUUUGAGCAUUCCAUGAAAGUACGUAUAGCAGCUAUCAAAGCUAUCAGAGGUUUUACGAAUAACUAUCCAAUCUAUAAAUUAGUGCCUUUCCAACAGAAAGUUAUUAGGGCUUUAGGUCAGUGCAUAGAUGACAGAAAGAGAAUAGUAAGAAAAGAAGCUACAGAGUGCAGAUCUUUAUGGUUCCUUUUGGACGCCCCCCUGUAGUAAAAUCGUUCAAGUAUAGAAUUUUAUUUUAUUAAUUUUUUGUUGAAAAAAAAAACACGGUUAUUAAUUUU